AUGUUGAAUUAUAUUGUAAUUUUUGAUCCUUCCAAGAGUUUAACUGAAGAUGAUACUUAUAAGGAAUUGAUAUUGUACCAUUCAUUUCAGAAUGAAGAGACUUCUCUGAAUGAUAAAUUGGGUAAAAUCGGUGUAUUGCAGAGUCUUUGGUCAUUUACAGAGACUUUGAAUGGGGAUUCUAGUUCGAUUGAGGAAAAAAUUAUUGAAUUGGAUGAUGAAAUCAUUAUUAUCUAUAAAGUUGAGAAUCAAUUUUAUUUAUGUUUAUCGGUUAUCUUGCAAGAUGAAAUGGAUAAUAUCCUGUUCCCUCAUCAGUUGUAUUCUUGCCAUUUGAAAUAUUGUUAUGAAUUUUUCAUUUUACAAUUUGGUGAGUUUAAUUCUUUUACAAAUAUUAACCAAUUGACUGAUUCUUUAAAUGAAUAUCUGGUAUUAUUUUGGAACGAUAUUAUAUUGAAACCUGAAACUAUGAAGCGAAAAAUGCUGAAUUGUUUCUAUCCUGAUUCAUUCAAAGUUUCUGAAUUGCAGUCUGAUAAGAAUCUGGAUUCUUCUUGGGAAUCGAUACUAAAUCAAAAUAUUUUGUUAAAUACAGAAAAUUACUUGGGAAUUCGUGACGUUUUAGUCUAUCAUUUGCCUUCAAAUUCUGGGAAAUCAAAUAAUGGUACCACUAACAACAGUAGCAGCAAUAAUUUUAAUACAAAAGAUUAUGGAUUUAUUAGAAAUUUUGCUACUGAUUUAGAUUCAUUGCCUCAUAUAUCAAAUUGGAUACAUCAUUUGCAUACUACUUAUGAAGAUAUCUCAAGUCAUACUUUAUCGGGAAAUGCACAUUAUAAAGAAACACAAAUUGAAAAUGAAGAUAGCCCUGAAAUUACAAAUGAUGAUCAACAAAAUGACCCAUUGUCAUUCACAGACCAAACAAAGAAUUUCUUAUACAAUAUGACAUUACCCAUAUCAUUUGCUUAUGAUGUGGUUCAAGAAGUUGGUGAAAGUACAGGCAUAGGGAAUAGUAUGUCCUUAGUGAUGAAUUAUAUCCCAAAAUUUUCAUUUUCUGAGAAUUCUACAAAUAAUAAAAGACAAUUGAAUGGUCAAGAAUUUUCUGAACGUCAUGGUUUCCUAAUUUCACCUUUAGCAAACAAUUCAUUGCCAGAGAGUUAUAAAAUUAAAAAGUUAAGAUUAAAAUUUAAACAAUAUAAGGAAAGUAAAGUUUUUAACACUUUAUUUUGGUACAUGAAUGACACAUUAUUAGUACUUGUAUUCAACGAUGAUUUCGAAAAUAUUUGGGACAGAGAAUAUUUAAAAGAACUAGAUUCAAAACUAUAUGAAGCAAUUUCUUUUUUAUAUAAAAGUAUAAAUGCUGCCAAAUCUAGUGUAAAAAAGGUUAAAUCUGAACCAUUUGCAUAUGCUGUGAUAAAUAAAGAUGACCCAGGACAAAUAAAAAUUCAAACAUCAAUACCAUCUUGGUUUUCAUCGAUAAAUAAUUUAAAUGAUGUCAAUCCAUUACAAUUGAUUGUAAACGGGGUAGAUCAACUGUUCAAAAAUACUACAGAUUUUCAAACAAAUAAUAAUUUUGGACUAGACAUCAUGGGAAGUCUGUUUGGAUAUAAUUCAAAGGAAGACGAAAUUUCUAAAAAUGAUCAAGAGAUUAUAAAGAAUACUAAUAUAAACUUUUUGGGUCAGAUGGAUGAUGAAAAGCUUUGGGAAUUACAUCUAGAAUUGUUGCAAAUUAUUUCUAAUGUUAAAAUAUCAAGAAAACUGCCUGAUUUGAAUGAGGAAAGGUUAUUGAAAUUGAGUAAUGGGUUACUAUGUUAUGUAAAGGAUAAUGAAAAUGAAACUAUGUUAGUGAUCAAAAAUUGGUUUGAUAUUAAUGAAAAUGAAAAACCAACAAAAUCUACCAAUUCAAGCACCCUAUUUGGUAGCUUGGGAAGCACAGUGACAGAGUGGAAUGAUAAACGGGAAUUCAAUUGUAUUAAUUAA